AUGAAUUAACAAAUACAUUUCAAAUUCAUACUGCAAUAUCUAGAGUUCAGCUCUAAAUUUGAUCAAUAAUAAUAUGAAUUAUCAAUCAUGUUAAAGAGAGGAACACUAGCUGCAUAAACUAUUAUAAGUAAAAUGUAAAUAAGAAAUCCUGAACGAACUUCUAAUAUGUGUAGAUUACCUAUUGAUCAAAUUGCAGAGUUUUAAUAAAAAAUGGUCAAUAAAGAUGGAGUCUAUAUUGAUUAUAAUGUAAUAUUCAAUCAUUCUAAUUUAGAUUAAAUUUUUGUUUUAUAUGGGAGGCAACCAACUUGGAGAUUGUCUAAUCAAUUUGGCAUACUUUCUUAAUGGUGAAAUAGAUUAAGAUCAAAAAGUCAAAAAGCCAUUAACAUCUACAACUGACAAACGAGCUGCCUUAUUAUUUAGAGUCAUAAGACAACCUUUGCAGUCUUAAUUUGAAUCUUAAGAAUAUCCUCAAGUUAAUGUACCAAUGCCAGUACCUACACAUACUCCAAUAUCUUAGUAGGUUCCAUAGACUGCUAGAAAUUCUAGUAGUCGUAAAAUGGAAUUUCCAAAUAGAACAACUAGAGCAAGGAGUUAAUCUCCUCCUAAAGAAUUUAAGAGUGCUGUACUUGUAACUAAAACAGAAGAAUAAACUACAUCAAUUAAAUAACCAUCUGAUAAUCUCACUUAAAAAUUCUUGUAACUUGGUGAGAAGUUUUCAUAAGAAAAAUUAUAAUAGGUUAUUCCUCCUAAUGAAGAUAAUGAUAAUUUCAAAGAAAUUACUGAAAUGCUUACUCAAUAAGAGGAAGAAUUGUAGAAAUAGAUUGAACAAUUAGAUAAUCAUAUUAAAAUUGAUUCUAAAUUGAGAAAAACAAACAAUUUUGAUAAUAAUAAUAACACAGCUAAUUUUGCAAAUACAAAUACUAAUAAUUAAGAACUAUAAUUAUUAAAAUAAAAAUAUUAAGAAUUAGAUGAAAAAUAUAAUAAAGCUUAGGAAGAACACUAACAUUUAAAAAGAAUCAUUAGAUAAAGUGGAGAAUAAUUAAAAAAAUAAAAUUAACUUACAUAAUCAGGAUAUAAAUAAUUAUCUGAUAAUGCUUUAAAUUAAUCUACAAUUUCUAAUUAAGAAUAAUUUGAAAGAACUAUUGAAAAGAAAAAUCAGAUAAUAAAAGAUUUAUCAAAUUAAAUAUUAGAAUUAGAAAAAAACACUAAAGCUACUGUUAUUGAACAAUUACGAAAUCAAAUUACUAGAUUAGAACAAUAAACAUAAGAAAAAUAAGAUUAAUGGUAGAUAUAAGAAAAAAUAUAUAAAGAAAAGAUUUUUUAAUUGUUAUAAAAUACAGAAUGA